CCGCGGCGGCGGCUGCCUCCGCCCCGGAGCCCGGCGUGCCGGCGGAGGAGGCGGUGGUGGUGUGGAGCCCCGAAGUGGAGGUUUGCCUCUUCCACGCCAUGCUGGGCCACAAGCCCGUAGGUGUGAAUCGCCAUUUUCACAUGAUUUGUAUCCGAGAUAAAUUCAGUCAGAAUAUCGGGCGGCAGAUUUCUUCCAAAGUGAUUUGGGACCAUCUGAGCACCAUGUACGACAUGCAGGCUCUUCAUGAAUCUGAGAUUCUUCCAUUUCCUAAUAUGGAGAAGAAUUUUAUUCUUCCUGAUGAACUGAUUCAAGAAGUGAGAGAAGGAAAGGUGAUGAUUGAAGAAGAAGUGAAAGAGGAAAUAAAAGAAGAGAUGGAAACACACGCAGGUCCAGAAGAAGUUUUUGCACCCUCUGGAAGUUUAGGAAAAACAACUGAGAAGCCAAGCAGCAAGGAGAAGGAGAAGACUUCGUCAGAUUCUGGGUCCAAGGAGGGAUCUGAUAAGAGGAAGCGGAACAGAGUCACUGAAAAAGUCUUAAAUGCAAACAGCAACCCAUCCAGCCCGAGCGCUGCGAAACGACGCAGAACAUAAAGCUGUGAACGACAGGAGUAACUGUGGAACGUGAGGAGGGAAUAGUACAUAGUAAGAUAGUCAUUACAUGAACUUUUUUCAGAGAGGAGAUGAUACCUGAGCCAGGCACUUGAAGAAGCUGCAGAUUGCCUUUAUGCGUGCAGGACUUUGCGCCUGUUGUUCCUGACGUGUUUGUGCCGUGGCACCAAGUAGCUGGAUGGUGGCAACCUGCUCAGGGCGCUCGGGGAGAAAGCUGGCAGCACAGAGGGUGCAUGCUUAUGAAACAGCUGCAGGGUUUGCCUUUCCAAGCAGCACACACCACGUUGGAAUAGCUCCUGAAACAAGUGCUCGGUGAAACGCAGAGCCUGAGUUCUGGAAAAAUAGAGGUUGUAUCUAUAACAUUUGAAUUGGUUGGUUUUGCCUGUGCUUUGUUACUGUCUUUUGAACCCCUUCUGUGGGUAAUGUUGUUGAGCCUCUUAUCCAAACAGCAUUUGUAUCAAAUGUCUGAAUCUGUUGGUUCAGUAAAACCAAAAUUCUUUUAAAUACAGCUGAGGUGUUCUUUCGUGCUGUUUGCUGGAGGAAAGUCUACUUCUUUUACCUUCAGUGGUGUAACUUUUUUUCAAUCUUGCUAAGCUUACAUACCAUAACUGAAGUGAAAAUGACAAUGCCUGUAGGGAGGGGGAUUAUUAAUAGGUGUCCAAAAUAAAAUAUCCACUGGUGUCACAUGGCUUGGAAAGAGAUCAGCUGAGCUAUGCCUAAACUUGGAGAUGCUGCUUCAUCCCUUUGUACUACAGGGGUAUGUAACAACAGGUUUUGUACUUCACUAUUUAUUUUAAGCAGUUUUAUUCGAUGUGAAAUUGGCAUUGCAAAGCACUGUUCCUGUUCUAUAAUUUAAAAUUUUACUGGCAUUGUAAUGUUUAUCUUUUAUAUACUAGGAUACUAAGGUUUGAUAGAAAUUACUAUUUUUGAGUUGUGAAAAGAUGGACUGCAGUCAACCAACAUGAGAAGUGGUGAUUGCAGUAGGCUGAAACGUUGCUGAAUUUGCCUCACCGUUAUUGACCAGCAGUUAAUAAAAUUACUUUAUCAGUA